GAUCUAUUCUUCUUAUAUAAGCAGACAGGAUAUAACACACUGCUACACUUUGUCAAAUUUCAGCUCAUCUGCUAAGAGUAGAGUCUUAAGAAGUCCACACAUUAAAAACGCACUGCUUCCAUCAUUUAUACGACUGAAGGAAAUCUACUCAAAAAUGUCUGAGAGUAUUUACGGCAAUGUGAUCACUGACAGAACAUGGGAUAUGGACAGAGGAACCAAGGCAAACCAUACACCUCAACACAAAGGAAGUGAUUCAGUACAGAUUAGAAGUUUCAGAACAGCUGCAGUGUGUUUGUUGCUGCUGUGUGUUCUUCUGUUGACUGCGGUCAUAGUGCUGUGUGUCUACAUCCAUACAAAGAACACAACCUGCACAGAAGAGACACACAAGCUACUAACCAAGAUUAACAACCUCACAGAACAGAGUGACCUGCUUCUAACCAAGAACAUAAACAUGACAAAUGAAAGGAAUGGAUUAGUAAUCAACAAUGACAUCCUGACUAAAGAAAGAGACCAGUUCAAUCGAGAGAGGAAUAACCUGCAAAAGAUUAUCAAUGAAACAGAUAGUUGGGUACACCCUACUAUCAGCUUAUACUUCAUGUCCUCAACGAAGAAGAGCUGGGCUGAGAGCAGAAGAGACUGUACAGAAAGAGGAGCAGAUCUGAUCAUCAUAAACAACAGAGAGGAACAAGAUUUUGUUACAAAUAUUACUGAUAAAGGAGAAUUCUGGAUUGGUGUGACUGACGCCGAGGAAGAGGGCAGAUGGAAAUGGGUUGAUGGCACCAACAUGACUUCUGGGUUCUGGGCAUCCAGUGGACAUAUAACAGAGCCAAAUGGAGGAGGACAAGAGAAUUGUGCUGUGACUUAUUUAAAAAAGAACCCUGAAUUAAUAGGGUGGCUCGAUGUUGAUUGCAAUGGUGCUUAUCAAUGGAUCUGUGAGAAGAGAUCUCAUGCCUAAGAACAGCACACACUUUGUUCACAGGGUUUUAUUUAUUUUUAUUAAGUUUCUUUACAGCUCAAGUCUUCAGGACUGAACACUCUUGAUCUAGAAGUAAUACCUGUUUAGGCCUAUACUUGUAAUAAUUUGUAGUUGCUUCCUAAAAACUGUUUUUUGCAACAAAAAAACAAAAAACAAAUUCAUACUAUUCAACUAUUCCUACAUAUGUGGCUUACCAUUAUUGAGAUGUUUGCUUUUUUGAAAGUUAAGCCCCAGAUUGCUUAACUUUUGUUCAUAUUAAACAUGCUGUUUACAUGUUACCCUUAUGUUAUUAUUAAAGAUGAAGUAUGGCUCCUCA